GGAGAGAGAGAGAGAGAGGGAGGCUGGUACUAACUACAGUCUCACACACAUUUCAGUUCAGACCUCUGGACUGUGUCGCUGUCAGCUCAACUGAAUUAACUCAGCAUUUCUUCAUACAUUUGUUCAUCCGUCUGUCUCUGAAGCUAAACUCAGCAACUUAAGUCUGACAGCAACACACAAACUUGAGACUAGAAGAAGACAGUAAUACACCUUAAACAACUGGAAGACAUCUGGACCCGAGCGACCACCCCACAUACAAACCUCUUCAGCUGCUGGCCCCUGAGGAUCAGUGGAAGGGGAAGAAGUGCCUUGCUCAAAGGCACCUCAGCAAUAGCUGCUGAGGAAGAGAAGAGAACAGCCACUUUACCAAUUUUGUCAAGAUUUUCUCAGGACUACUGCAAUUCCCUGCUUCUGUAAUCUAAAUCAGGUGAGUCUUGUACCUGCAGAGCGACUGCUGAGAGGUCAUCGGUGGGUGAGUUGAAAAUUGUGAGCUGAGCCUGUGAUUGGUCAUGGCAGACUGGAGCCUGCUGGGAAACUUCCUGGAGGAAGUACAGGAGCAUUCUACCUCUGUUGGCAAGGUGUGGCUGACCAUCCUGUUUAUCUUCCGUAUCCUGGUGCUCGGUACUGCUGCUGAGUCGUCGUGGGGAGACGAACAGGAAGAUUUUGACUGUGACACUGAACAGCCGGGCUGCGAGAACGUUUGUUACGAUCAAGCUUUCCCUAUAGCACAUAUACGAUACUGGGUGCUCCAGAUCGUGUUUGUGUCCACUCCCAGUCUGAUCUACAUGGGCCACGCCAUGCACACUGUUCGCAGAGAGGAGAAGAGGAGGAGCAGAGAGGAAGAAGGGGGAGGGAGAGAGGAGGACCCAGGAGGAGGUGAAGGCGGUGGUGGAGGAGGAGGAGAGGAGAGGAAAGAAGAAAAGGAUGAAGGAAAGGAGAAAACAGAAGGUCCAUCAGCAGGCCGAAUCCGUCUGAGGGGAGCGCUGCUAAAGACCUACAUACUGAGUAUACUGAUACGAAGUGUCAUGGAGAUGUCCAUACAGGUGGUGUUUCUGUGUCUCCAGUACUUCCUGUAUGGAAUCUUCCUCAAUCCUCUUUAUGUCUGCAAGGCCUGGCCCUGUCCACAUCCAGUGAACUGUUAUGUCUCCAGACCAACAGAGAAAAACAUUUUCAUAGUGUUCAUGUUGGCUGUGUCGGCUGUCUCUCUGGUCCUCAGUGUGCUUGAACUGCAUCACCUGGCAUGGAGACGUUGCUGCAGGCGGUACUCCCUCACAGGGAAGGCUGUCACUCCAACUAACGCCUCGCUGGCCCGACAGCUCUCUCUGUCUCCUCCACCGCCGCCAACCCCACCUCCAGACUUCAGCCAGUGUGUGAUUGGCUCCUCGCACUUCCUGCCGCUCCCUUUCCCCAACCAUCGUCUGGCUAACCGACAAAACUCAGAGAACAUGGCCACUGAGAAGCACAAAAUGGCCGCCGCUGUGGAGGAGGUAAACCUCCUCCAAAUGAGCUGCUACUCUCCCGGAUGGCAGGAGACUAGUAACAAUCAGAUUCAAGAUGGCGGAUACCUGAGGACCGACUCUAGCUGCUACAGUCCUGGGAGCAGGGAGAUCAGCUGCCCUCAGACCCAAAAUGGCGGCCCAGACGGGCUGAUGCUUUGCUCGAAUGGAGGGCUCUGUCAGAAGGACAAACGAAGAUUCAGCAAAACCAGCGGAACGAGCAGCCGAACAAGAGCAGACGACCUUUCUGUUUAGAAAGAAAGCAGAAACUGACGGAUUCAACUACUCACACACCUGCUAGAUAAACUGAGACAUAUUUGACCCUUUGAGCAAUACACAUAACUUCUCAUCUAAGACAGCUGGAGGAAUCUACCCAUUUAGCAUGAACACUGACUCUUUUGUUUUUCUGCCAUUAAAAAGAGCGAAACUCCACUCUUGAUUAGGAGACAGACAUUAUUCUGCUCGUAACAAGCCAAAAAUUGAGUGCUCAAAGUGCUCCUGACUGACCAUGAUCGGACUUUGAGGUGUUCACAUUGCAGAUUAAUCGUUCAAGUGUGUUUUUAAAAGUCAAAAUACAGAACAGUAUACAGCACAUUCAUCUGGAGAGCCAUGUUUAACAUAAUCUAAAUGCAGACAAUCCUUAAAAACGGUUCCUACAGUGAUUUUACCCAACACUUUUGAAGCUUGAAGGAAUUUCCAAUCUAUUUGUAGCCUACAAGCCUGAGAUGAAAAUCGUGCUCUAAUCACAAUGCACUAAACCUUUAGUUGCUAUGGUUGCCAGAGAUUUCACUCAAGCUGAUGGUGAACCUGCACUACGUUCACUAUGGUCUGAUACUUUUUUAAAAGAUUUAUAAACGGUCAUUUAUGCAGUUACAGACACAUUUUUGCAGAAACGUUUAUAUUAAAUCAUCAGCUGCAAUGUUCACAUGUAUCUCGGUUGAUGAAACAGAUUUUUGGUGAUAGCUGAGGACAGUGGAUGCUGCUCACUCUGAAGGACUGGCAGUUGCUGCAACUUAAAGCAAAUGUUCUCUUAAAAGGAAGAUUUAAGCCAAAUGCUCCUUCUUCUGAAGGUUUUUGAGGGAAACAACUAAUGGUAUAACUUGGGACUGGUGUUAGUCCACUGCUUGUACCACAGAGACUUCCCACCUGCUGUCAGUGCUGUUCCAUAGUUAACAAACUGUUAUUAAGAGGCUGUUCUCUACAUCUGACUGAUUUACAGCCCUUGAAUCUUCCCAAGAAAUUAAUGACUGAGCCUCAUAUCUGUGGAAGUCACAACACUGGGGGUGUUUGGGAACUUUUUGACCCCUCAAGCAACCAAAGUUUUACCUGUGGACUGAGCCUAAACUCACCAAUUUACUGGCUGAAAUUGACCAUUGUCGUCGGACAGUGAAGUAGUGAAGUAACAGGAACUUAACUGGUGCAAUUUUGUUAAACUGUUAUUGUUAUUAGCAUCAAAGAAAUGAUUUCUUUGUCAUCAUUUUUACUGUAUAUCCAAGAGUCUAACCUGUUUUGGGCUUGUUUAAGUUUUGACUGCAGCAGUGCCUGUUUUAGCCCCAUUGGAUGUUUGUCUAAUGGUUUCAUCAGUGGACAUGAAUAUGAAGCACAAAUGCUGAUUGCAUCUUCACACCGGCAUGUUUUUAACAUUUCUUGUCAUUUCAUGUUUUAAUUUCUCAUUUAUAUCCUAAAUUGUAGUUUUGUGACACCCUAGUCAGUUUGGGUGACUUCUGGUGAGUUUCUACUGCACUGUUUUAUGGGCCAUAAUUUCUCAUCAUGGCUAUGAACACAUCUGGACUGAAACACAAUGGACUACAAUCUCUGACAUGUAAGUUGUGUGUUUUGUUGGUUAGUGGUUACUUGACAAGAACACAGCAAAUGAUACUUUUCCAAAAAUGAUUAGUUAUUACUAUUAUUACUAUCAAUGAUAAUUUAAAAUUGUUGGAUAUUAUAUUGUAGUUUUGUAUUUAUUAUUCCACUUCAAUAAUGUGAAUGCUGCAUAUGUUUAAAAAGCUUUGCAGAUAAAACUAUGCAAAACCUG